AUGGAGUUAUCAGCGUCUCGCGAAGCAUCAGAUCGUGUUUUUAAGGGUCUAUUAGACGCCAAGACACGAAUCGAUCAAGCAACUGAAGACGACGCUUUGUAUCCUGACUUAAUUGAUCAACUUAAUGCGCAAUCUGAGCCUCAAAACUAUUUUUUUGAGCCAUAUACGUCUCAAUGGACCCCUCAAAUCACGAAAAAAGGGUCGAUCAUUCCUCUUCCAAGUGUUGUAGCUGCUGCAUUAGAUGAAACCAAGACAUUAUCACUUUCUGGUCUCUUGCCUGAGAUUCGGUCCGUCUGGACGUCCGUAGAUGGCCGUCUCUUUCUCUGGAGCUACGGACAACGCGGCCGCUUUGCCGCCAAGGAAUUUGAUCAAGCAAUUGUUGCUGUCGGUCUCGUAGUUUGCCCGGCUAUGGGCGUCUUUACGUCAAAAGUACGUCAUGUACUUGUAGUGGCUACGACAGUUGAGGUCGUGCUGCUUGCGGUCGUGGCUGAGGAGAAUCAGACGGACGGAACUGGAAUUUCGACGAGCUUCAAGUUACAGAGAACAAAACUUAGUGUGAGCACGGACAAAUGUGUUGUCCGUAGGAUUGUGACUACACAUAAUGGUCGUGUCUUUUUUGGAGGCUCUGAUGGAGCUUUGUAUGAGUUCUUGUACGCACCGGAGCAAAAAGCGGCCGCAGACCGUAACUCGCUUCUUGGUGUGGCACUGACGAAUGUUCCGGGAGUUGGAACCUUUGAUGGAUGUAGAAAAAUUGCACAUACAACAAGUUAUGCGCAGUAUCUGCCGAGAUUUCUUGCUGGAUUAACUAGUGCACCUGGAAAAGUACUUGACAUGUGUAUCGACCAUACACGACAUAUUCUCUAUAUGCUACAUGAUGAUGCUCAAGUGAGUGUGUUUGACUUGGGAGCUCAUGGAGACGAGUGCAAGGCCGUAUGCGCCGUUAAUAUCUUGGCUGAUGGUGCAAAAUAUGCGCGUGAAAACCGCCGAACACGCGUCUCGUGCCCUGACGAGCGACUUUUCCAGCCGGCAGAAGCUGGAACGACCAAUCCACUAAAGGUUGUGGCAUUAUCUACGGUUACUCCAGACGAGUCGAAGGUGGUCACGCUGGUUGCUGUGACUUCGAAUGGCAUCCGGUUUUAUUUGACAUCGUACUCGCGUCGGUAUGCAUAUUCCGGAGCUACCAAUCAUGGCAAAGGCAUGCGUCCAUCUAGACUUGAUAUACUUCACAUUCGGCUGCCUCCACCGGCAAUUUCAGUGCGUGAUGCACCUCCAUAUCAUGCCAAGGAAGGCAUGCAGCCAGGUUAUGCUCCUGGUAAGAGUCCAAGUGCAGUGCACGUGGCGUUCCACCGCAAAGGCGUGUUUUUGUGUAUUGAAGGGCGACGUGAUCAACAAGAUCAGCUCGUGGGUAUUGCGCAUGACCCCAUUAGUACGACAGCGCUUCCUAUUUCGACAGGUUUGGCGGCGAAGAAGCCUACAAUCCGAGAGUCUGUCUCGCUGGACACCUGCAUCGGUAAAGUCGUGGAUAUUCAGGAACUCGAACCGUAUUCUAGCGAGGGACCUGAUAGAGCGUGGAUGGCACAGAUGGAGGCUGCUGUUUCGAAUUCUUGCUUAAAAGGGUCGAGUGUCGGCAGCAAACGGUCAUUUGAUGAAAUGUCCACCGGCAUCUCUGCCGGAAAAGCUCCUGAGAAUGCACCGGUGGUUGGUGAGAUGGCGCUCAUGUACUCGCAGCCUUCACGACAUUUUUUGUGUUUGACAAACGCAGGCAUUCAGGUUUUUAAGAAGAUCCGGCCACUGGAUCAGCUGCACCGUAUACUUCUGCUUUCGCGAAGCCAUGAGCUUAAGGCUGCAGUGGUUCCUUUUGUUCGUUGUUUUGGCGAGAUUCAAGUGAUCUGUAUGCUGAUUGCGCUGGCAUGUGGUGUUCCUACAGAUCCUCUGGUUAGUGAGACUUCGACAGCGGCUUCACUUAUUGCGCCACGCCGGGGCGGAAUGAAAACGAUGAAGAGUGACGAGUAUAUUUACAUGGCCGCGGUACAGUGUAUCUUCGAAAUCGCUCAGGGCCCCCCUGACAACGUGCCUAUUGAACCUGCAGGUACAUCUACGGCCAAUGGCUCGUCCGGUUCAGCGGGUAGCACGCGCAUCGUACUUACGACUGAAUUUGGUAUGUCAUACCAACAUGACGGUCUUGUUGCGUUUGCGUGUCGUGUGCUGCGGCCGCUAUGGACAACAAAGACAGUCGGCCAGCGCGUGGUUACUCGUGUUUCUGCUAACACUGUAAAUGGCGUUAAAUCAUCGGACAAGGAGCCUGGAUACGUAACUAGCUUUGGGAACACUCAUUCCCCCGAGAAGCUGGAUGAAAUUCGUGAGAUUCUGUUUCAACUGCGACAGUUGAUGGAAACUGCCGGCCCAUUUGCCGUGUCAAUUAGCGCUGGUGCCGCACUUGAGAACAACCCUACAUUGGACGGUUUUCUUGGGGAAUCUACUGAAGCAGGAUUAUCCCGGGUGGCUGAGCUGGUGAUGCGUCACCAACAGUCGCUUAAUGAAGACCAGCUGAAGCGCGAGACGCGCUUUAAAGCCGAACAACGCUCGCUGUACUAUCUCUAUCAGUUGGUGCUACGCAGUAUUGAAGCUAUUUCAUUGCUGCGGGCUGCACAGGAAUACAAGGUAUCAUUGGAGGAACCUCUCGCCUCACUUAGCUUUAGUGACUUUGUGACCACGACGGAUGGCUUCUUAGCUGCCAAGACAAUGACAAAGGCGCUGAUGCGUGGGCAUGAUGAAAAUAAUCAGCUCUUGAUCAAGCAACUACGCGAACAGUGCCCUACGUUUUUCUCUGUGUCAGACCUAUGGCACUACCAAGGUUACCGAAGUCUGUCCAAUGCCAAACUUAGCGGGUCACCCGCUGCUCGCAAUAAUCUUUUACAGGAGUCUCUUGACCAGUUCCUGAAUUCGUGCCACAUGUGGGACACAGAAGACUGUCUGGAUGUUCUACAAUGUAUCUGCGAAGAUUACAUGCUGCUGAAUUUUUACGAAGGUGUAGUGAAACUUUCGCUAGCAUGUGCCAAGCACUUUCAUGACGCUGCUGCUUCUGAUUUGAGCGGUGUUAAACACACAUGGAAACGCCGGUGCUUUGGUUGUAUCUUGCUGGCGCUGCAUCGGCUUUUGGGUGGAGAAAAGAACGCUUCAGCCCACGCUGUGGCGAAUGGGGCUAGUCCGCAAGGUGUUGAGGAGAUGGUGACGCUGGACGACGAUACACGGAAUAAGUACGUGGAAGAGUUGUUCCAUUUUGCGCUGGCGUCUGAGGAUGAAAGUUUCCAUAACCUGCUGUAUACGUGGUUGUAUGAGCGUGGCCAUUCUCAUUUACUGACUUCCAUCCGCUCUCCGUACAUUGAAGAGUUCCUGAAAGAGAAAGACCAAGAUUUGCUUGUUAAGCUCUACAUGGACCAGCAGAAGUAUCUUAUGGCGGCAAAGGUGUGGUGGGGUCGUGCCCUUGACGACACCAUGAAUGUUGAUGAGCACACCGUUUCUUCUGCCCUUGUCGUUUCUCAUAAUCCGGAUAUUGUGAAGCGCCAACAUUAUGUGUCAAAGUCUCUAAGUUGCCUGAAGAGUUUGGAGGAUGUGGGCGAAGCCUCAGAGGCCAUCCGAGAAGUGCGCGACGUGCUCGAUGUGUUGCAGUUGCAGGUGCGUGUUUUGAAGGCUCUUGAGCAAAUGGUGAUCGAACAUGAGACGUCCUCGACCAUGACCGAAUCGCUGCGUGACCAGAAAAUGGAUGUACAGCUGCUCACCUUCAAGCUCUUUGACGCGUCUACCUUAUACAACCGGUUUGCUUCGAAGUACGAUAUGUGGACUGCGUGCUUAUACAUAAUCCAUGUGUGCAAGUCGGAGGACGCAGAUGUGGUCGCGACGCUCUGGCGGAAGGUCAUUUUCAGUCUACUGCCUCAAUCUUCUAAUAAUAUUGCAUUCAACGCGUGGCGGUUGGACCAGCGUGAAAAGGCUGGGCUGCUUGCUACGUCAAGCAAUGGAAGCGGAGGUUCUUCUUUUGAGAGCGGGAAUUGGAUUGGUCAGAUGCAGUGCAAGAUUUUGCGCCUGGGCAAGUCGUUUUACUUUGAAGGCAACGACAGACACAGCGGCUCAGCUGCUGAAACCGGCGGCAUCGUGUUUCCUGUUAAGUUCCUGGCGGAUUUAUUAGAGUGGAUUUCUCUGUGGUAUAUUCGAUCAAUGGGUGUGGGUGCCUUUACCGGCAGCGUUGCCUCGGCCUCGGCUAUUGACGCUACAACAUUCAACUGGGUGCUCAAAUUGUUUUUGGACGUGGGUGUGACGCACCGGGAACUUUUGAGUUACUAUGAGCAGCUUUACCGCGAGCAGCCUGAGCAGUACUAUCGCGAAGGCUGGACAUUGCAUAUGCUGCAGUCUAUGUUGGCCAUAAUUACUACCUGGAAAAAGCACGCCAUUUCUCCGCGCGCCGGGACGGACCAGCUCGCGGAGUUUACUGCCUGCUGUUCGAACAUCGUCGACCUCUGCGAUGGCGUCAUCACGGAUCUACGCGCCUCAUCACAAGACGAGAACGGGGAGACAAAAACACUGCUAGAACAAUUUCGCCGAGCUAGGAGCGAACUGUUGCAUUUUCGGGCCCUCAUGUAG